AUGCAACAAGUCUCACCAGCAGUCGUUCAAAAUUGGUAUCCACCUGUUUAUCAUCAAUAUCCAACAGUUCCAAUGGGAAGUCCUCAAUCACUGAAAUCAAUUGACACAACAGUAUUUGGACCAAGUGUUCCACCAGUAAAAAAUUCGAAAUUAACAAAUAAUCAUCUUCAUCACAAUCGUCAUAAUCAAUCAAAUGAUGUUGAUUUACGUCGUUUAAUUUUAUUUAAUUUACCCAUUGAUCUUGUUCAAGAAUAUCUCGAACUUUACUUAGAGUAUUUAUCUGGUGAAACUGAAAUUGAAAGAAUUGAUUAUUCAAAUCUUGAAGAUUCAACUGUUAUGGUUACUUUUAAAACAGAUCUUAAUAUGUAUGAAGUACGUCGUCGUCAUGCUACACGAACAAAAUUAAAUGAUUCUGAAAUUUCAUUAGCUGAAGUAACAUCACCAACAACUGUUAUGAUAAGAAAUUUACCAUUGGAUAUAUCACGUGAUGUACUUGAAUUAUACUUUUCAAAUCGACGUCGUAGUGAUGGUGGACAAGUUGUUGAUGUAGCAUUUGAUAAUGAACAUCAACAUGCACUUGUUACAUUUGCUGAUUAUAAAGAUGUUUGUCGAGUUAUAAAACGUGAACAUUUGAUACAUGGUCAACGUCUUGAUGUAAGAAUUUAUUAUCCUCAUAUGGGUGUUGAACCAUUUAUUGAUGCAUCACAUGUUGGAAAAAAACCUGAUCCAAUAUGUUAUCGUGCAUCAGAUGAUAGUCGUUAUGCAUUUCUACUUAAAAAUCGUCCAUUACUUGAUGAACUUCGUGAACAAUUGAAACUGCAUCAUACUCAUGUUAGUUUACAAACAGAAGGUAUUAUAGAAAUUAGUUAUACUGAAUCACGUAUAACAGUAAAACUUCGUUUAAAAUGGACAAAAGAUAUUGAAAAAUUAGUUGACAAAUUUCUAAAUGAACGUCUUGCUGUACAUAAAGUACCAUGGAAUAAUAAUAAAAUACCAUCGAUUACAUCAGAACAACUUGCUGAUCUUUCCUUAAAAGAUAAUACACGUCUUAUGCAAUUAGCACCAUCGGAUAGUCAACAAGAUCAUAUUGUUGUAACAGCUUUAAAAGAUCAUUUAGAUCGUGCUUUAAGUGAACUUACUGAUAUGCUUACAACACGUACAACAACUACAAAUCAUAUACCUUUAACCGAUGCUAUCUAUCGUAGUAAACCAGUAAGUGCAACACGUGAUCCCAAAGUAAAUAAUCAUCGAUCAUCAUUAUUACUUCGAUCAUCUUCACCGUCAAAACAAAGUUUUAAUAAUAUUGAAUUAACUCCACCACCAGCAUUGUUACAACCAUCAAUGGCAAUUAUUGAUGAUAGUCUUGAGAAUUUACGUUUAUAUCAAAUCGAUCUACUUUCAAUGCGUUUUAUUGAUUUAUCACGACGUACUUAUAUGAAUUUAACUAUUGAUAUUGAUCGUACAGGACGACGUAUUAUUUUUCGUGGUCCACUUGAUCAAGUAAAUCUUUGUAAACAUUAUUUUGAAUCAAUACUCAAUGGAAUCGUUCAUAAACAUUAUAAAAUUGGAAAAGAAAUGGCUGUUUUUCUAUCAAAUCCUGAUACAGUUGAGAUCGUUAUCGAAAAUUUAACACGUGCUGAUUAUGUAUGUGCUUAUGAAAUUGAACGUGUAACUGAUCAUCAUCGACGAAGUUCUACUUCUCCAAUACCUAAUAUGAAUAGUCAGGGUCAAUCAACAAAUAAUAACCAUCAUAAACUUGUUUUAUAUGGUUUAACACGUGAAAAUUGUGACCGUGUAUAUGAUUUUCUUCGUCAUGAUAUACGUGUUUGUUCAAUAAUGUUAGAUAAAGAUGAUAAACGUUGUUUAGCAAGUGAUUCUUGGCAUGCAUAUGUACGUGAUCUUUAUUCAAAUCCAGGUGGUUUUCGUCGACGACGUGUUCUAUUACAAGUCAAACAAAAUCAAUUAACAUUAGUUGGUUUUGAUCAAGAUGUUGAUGCUAUGCGAAAACAAAUUUAUGAUUAUUUUGUUGAAAAUGCUAUCUCAUUUUAUGAAUCCGAUUGA